GUACCUCACUCGCUAAAGAGUUCUCUCUUUCUGCAUGUGGAGUUUGUGAUACAACACUUCAGUCUCGUUUGCUCUCACAAUGUUGUCGAAGACAGCUGUGGGGAUCGCCGCCGGGGCUGGCCUUUGUUUUCUGGGUUAUUGUAUAUAUUUUGAUAAGAAGAGGAGAAGUGAUCCAAAUUUCAAACAAAACUUAAGAGAAAGGAGGAAAAAGGCAAAUUUAAAGCGACCUGGAAAAGCUACUGUUCAGAUUCCAGACUUGAGCAAUCCAGAGGCAAUGCAGCGUUUCUUCCUUCAAGAGGUACAGCUUGGUGAAGAACUUCUGGCUACAGGUGACAUGGAGGGUGGAGUGGAGCAUCUGAGUACCGCUGUGGCUGUGUGUGGGCAGCCCCAGCAACUGCUACAGGUCCUUCAACAGACUCUUCCCCCUCAGGUGUUCCAGCUCCUGGUGCAGCGACUCCCAGCAGUCAGUCAGCGUCUGUCAGGUGGAAUACCCACUAGUGGUCCCGAGGUAUCGACCCUGGAAGAAGAUGACCUUGAGUGACCAAGACGUCUGCUUCUAGACAUUCCUGGGCCCACUUGCACAAAGCCAUCAAGACAUUGAUCCCUGUGAUGGAUGUGUGAUUUUCAUCACUCCCAAGAUUACUUUGUGCAAAUCAGCCCUGGUCAGUGUGUCUCAAGUGAUCACCUCACAACAUUGUGUGUUUGCGUAUGGAAAGAGUUAUCUCCCUUGGAAAAUAUUCAUGAGACUUAAGCCACAAGCAUUGGACUAAAAAAAACAAAAAACCUACGUAAUAUAUUUUAAAACCGAAAGUUUGUUCAAGUAUAUAAUACAAACUUAAUAAAUUAUGAUAGGGUGGUUUUAUUCAAAUGUUUUGGAGAGGGAGUAUCUUUUUAUUGCAUCAGAUGUUGGUUCUUUCACUUGGCCAUGAAACAAGUUGGCAGUCUUUAGCUGGAUUCUAUUUGAGUGUUUUUAAUCAUAAAUUAAUUAAACCUAAAAACCUAAACCUAUAUAUACAGUGAAACCAUGUUAGUCUAGAACAGGUUUGUCAGGAAACCUCAAAUUACAGUCAAUUGUUUGGGAUGUCUAUGUAAUCACAGAGAUAUUACUACAUACAUUAUAAUUUGUUAAUCCAGAAACUUGUUAAUCCAAGUGAUUAACUGAGAACAAUUAGUUCGGGAGGAACAUAGUUUCCUUGUAAUAUGGGGGCGGUGGGGUAGCCUAGUGGUUAAAGCGUUGGCUCAUCACACCGAAGACCCGGGUUCGAAUCCCCACAUGGGUAAAAUGUGUGAAGCCCAUUUCUGGUGUCCCCCGCCGUGAUGUUGCUGGAAUAUUGCUAAAAGCGGCGUAAAAAACCAAAUUCAGUCAGUCAGUCAGCCUUGUAAUAUGACACCAUCAUUCCUAGAUUGUUGUCAUCUAUACAGUACGUCUAAAUCUUCCUCCUACUAUGUGAGUACAGGACAAAGGACACCAAGAGCCAAGGUGGCUAAUGUCAAGUUCUUAACCAAUUAGUGUGUGUGUGUGUGUGUGUGUGUGUGUGUGUGUGUGUGUGUGUGCGUGUGGUGGAGUAGCCUAGUGGUUGAAGCGUUUUCUCAUCACGCUGAAGACCCGGGUUCAAUUCCCCACAUCGGUACAGUGUGUGAAGCUCAUUUUUGGUGUCCGCCGCCAUGAUAUUGCUGGAUUAUUGCUAAAAGCGGUAUAAAACCAUACUCACUCACUCACUUAACUAAAUCUUAGUUGAUUAUUAGUUGGUUACUGGUGUCUUUGGCCAGGUAGCAUGUCAAAGGUCAUGGCGACAUCUAGAAUUGCAGGAGAUGAUGAGCAUCUAUGCUGAGCAUGUCAUCAGAUCGUCAGUUUUACUGUUCUUGUGUUUUUGGAUCAUCUCGUUCAACUUCUUUGCCAUUAGAGAUAUACUGUAAAAUGUGUGAAUGACUGUGUUUCUGUUUUACACGAAUAAAUCAUAUUAGGUUAAA